AUGGAUCACUGUUGCCAAGUCAUUGUGUUCCAGGAAGACACAGACCCGCUGGUCUUCUUCACUAAGAAUCUCAGUUCCUCUACAUGUUUCUGCUCAGCCUGUGAUAAAUUUGAACCCAUUACUUACCAAGUGAAAGGGGUCGUUGAAAACGACGCCCCAGAACAUGAGAACCUUGAAAGUUCAUUGGUGAAGCAGGCCGUGGAACGGGCAAAGCAGCUAGUCUCUUUGGCUUACUACCGCUCUAGAAACAGAGGGAAAGCAGCGCUGGCCAAAGGAUCACUGAGUGCCAGUGACCUGCUGAGCCUGUUUAAGCACCCAGAGGCAGAGACCAAUGUGGCAGUACAGGCAGCCGAGUUGAUGGACACAGCAGUGGAGCUCAUUCGGCAGCUUGUUUACAUGCAGGAGAAGCGGAACAGCAAUAUAACAGGGAUCCUGGGAGGCCACAAUCUCUCCAGCUUGGCAAAAGUGACUGGCUGUGCUGCCCAGCUCAGGCCCAUCAAGUGCCCAGAUUCCUGUUUGGCUGAUAAAUACAGAUCCAUAGAUGGAACCUGCAACAACAGGAAGAACCCUCUUUGGGGAGCAGCAAACACAGCCUAUGCCCGCUGGCUCCCUGCAGACUAUGAAGAUGGGUUCUCUGCACCAAAAGGGUGGAAUAAAUCAAAGGUCUAUAAGGGCUUCCCAUUGCCUUUGGUGCGCCAGGUAUCCCAUGAAAUCUUGCAUACUCAGAAUGAGAACAUCUCUCUGGACAGUUCCUAUACACACAUGCUGGUGGAAUGGGGCCAGUGGAUUGAUCAUGACAUGGAUCUCACACCCCAGAGUGCCAGCGUAGUCUCUUUUGUGGAUGGAAUAGAUUGUUCCCAAGCUUGCAUUAACCAGAAUCCAUGCUUCCCUAUCCAGAUCCCUGCAGGUGACUUGCGUCUGGGUGAGGGGGCGAUGGAGUGCCUGCCUUUUAUCCGCUCCUCUCCAGCUUGUGGCAGUGGUGAAUCCAGCUUCCUUGUGGGACGGCUGCAGCCUCGAGAGCAACUGAACAGCCUUACUUCUUUUGUAGAUGGCAGCAUGAUAUAUGGCAGCACAGCCUCGCUAGCUAGCAGACUCCGCAAUCUCUCCCAGGAGCUGGGUCUGCUAGCUGUCAACCAGGAGUUCUCUGAUGGCGGCCUUCCUCUUCUGCCUUUCGCUGAGAGGAAAUUCCCAAACCCUUGUGCCUUGACACGAAACUCCUGUCUUGCCAAUGUGUCUGACAUCCCCUGCUUCAUAGCAGGAGAUUCACGGUCCAAUGAGCAUUUAGGAAUACAAGUUCUACACACAGCAUUUCUGCGAGAGAGCAACAGAAUCGCUGCCACUCUCCACCAGCUCAACCCUCAAUGGAGUGGGGAGAUUCUGUACCAGGAAACAAGAAAAAUCAUUGGUGCAUACCUCCAGAUUAUAAACUGGAGGGAUUAUAUCCCAAAGAUCCUUGGCCCAGAAGCCACCAAGGCCUACCUGCCUCCAUACUCUGGUUACAAUGAGUCCGUUGACCCCAGUGUCUCCAAUGUCUUUGCCACAGCUGCAUUUCGUUUUGCGCACGUCACCAUCAAUCCUUUCCUUUCCCGUCUGGAUGAAAACUAUGAGGAGAAUCCCCAUCACCCCAGCAUUUCUCUUCAUCAGUCUUUCUUCUCCCCAUGGAGGAUCAUUGAGGAAGGAGGGAUUGAUCCUAUCCUGAGAGGAGAGAUAUUCAGCUGUGCGAAGCUGCAGACACCCACUCAAAUGAUGCCAGAGGAGUUGACUGAGAAGCUGUUUCAUCCCAAGAAGGCCCUGUCCCUUGACCUAGCUGCACUGAACCUGCAAAGAGGCCGGGACCAUGGACUGCUAGGUUACAACUCCUGGAGGAGAUUCUGUGGUCUUCCAGAGGCUCACACUUUCUCUGACUUACAGCAUAUCCUCAACAGCAGCUACUUGGCUCACAAGCUACUCAAGCUGUAUGGGACACCUGAGAACAUUGAUAUUUGGAUUGGUGCCAUAGCAGAACCUCUCCUCCCUAAUGCCCGAGUCGGAGAACUUCUUGCUUGCUUGCUGGGAAGGCAGUUCCAGGCCCUACGAGAUGGGGACCGAUUCUGGUGGGAGAAUGAAGAGGUGUUCACUCCUCGCCAAAGAGAAGAGUUGGCAAAGGUAACCUUGUUCCAAAUCUUCUGCCAGAAUACACACCUCAGCCACCUCCCAGCAGAUGUCUUUUCAAGCAGUCAUUUUCCAGAUGACCUUGUAUCCUGCAAAAGCCCCCAAAUUUCAGGAGUGGACCUGGCAGCAUGGAGAGAAGAUCCAACAGAUAUACUAUGUGGUCCAGUCCCAAUGGUCAAAGGUGCCUAUUUUGUACGCUGCAAAUCACUGGUGUUCUUUGAAUGCCAGAAAGGUUAUACACUGAAGGGUCCUUCCUCUAUUGCCUGCAAUGCUGAGGAAAGAGAAUGGAGCACCAACUUGCCUGUUUGCCAAGACAUCAAUGAAUGUGAGCCCAGCCGGAUGAAUCCAUGCCCCUCCUCACUGAUAUGUGUGAACACACCAGGGGGCUUCAAAUGUGCCUGUGAGGGUUCCCUGACUCUGUCUCAAGAUGGCACCACCUGCCUCAAGGCUCAAGGUUCAACUGCCACUACAGUGGCUGUAGCAGCUGCUGCUAUUGCUGGAGCAGUCUCUCUGAUCACAGUAGUUGUGACGUUACACAGAAGGUGCUUCCAGAACAAGAAGAAAGUGUCCAUUUCCAGCUGUCCUCAGGGCAGCUCCAGGGAAGCUCAGAAACCUGACAAGUUAACUUGA